AUGAAGAAUAACUUUAUCGAUGAAAACAUAUUUAAAAUUGAUGAUAUUAACUUACUAAAUGGUAGUGAGGAAUUAAUUAAUACUCCCUGUGUAGUAAUUCAAAAUAUUGACUAUACCCCAUUACAAGCAUCUAUAAUUCACAGUAGUAAUAAAAUAAGAAACUUUAUAUUAAAGCAAAACAAUAUUGACAUCAAUGUUCAAAACUCUAAAGGUGAAAAUGCAUUGAUUACUGCAAUCCUACAUAAAGCACCCUUGAAUUUUAUUAAAGAAUUAUUUAGAAGAAAUGUUGAUGUUUGUUUACCUAAGGAUUCUAAAUAUUCAAACAUAUUAGAUUUUGCAGACCCCAAAUGGGAAGGUUAUUCUGAGUUAAAACAUAUGGUUGAAAGAAGGAAAUCUUAUAAUUUUAGCUAUAGGAAACAAAACUCUGAAAAGCAAAUUGAGAACAAAUAUAAUAUUAAAAAAAAAGAAAAGCAGCCAUCCAAUUCUAUUAAUUUAAAAAAAUUUGGCAGUGAGUUAACAGAAAGUCACAAAAAAAACAAUGAAGUUACUGAUAAUAUAUUAAAUUUAAGUACACUAAAUAGUAUGAAUUUCGAUCGCACAAACCUUAAUCUUGCUACAAACCAUUUUCAAACGAUGGAAGGUAAUCAUUCGCCAGAAUCAAACAAUCGAACAGUUAGCAAAAAAAAUGUAAGUCGAAAUAUUUCUAAAUCUAUAUCCAUCCCAAAAAGUGUAUUAAAGCCAAGCUUGCAGUACUCUAAUAAAGAUAUAAAGAAAGAUAUUGGCCAAAUAAAUAAUAUGCAGGAUAUUAAUUAUAGAAAUCAUGAAUCAGAAACUUCUUUUGAAGUUUUAGAAACGGAAGAUAAACUCAAAGAAUAUAAAGGAAAUGUUGAUCCCUUACAAAAUAUGGCCCAAAAUGAGGAAGAACAAGGAGUAAACGAUCCCAAUGAUGAAACAAAAAAUGAUAUAUCUUUAGAAUUAAUUCACGAAAGAAAUAAAGAACACGAAGUGUUUGAAAAAAAAACAGUAGAAAAUGAGAACUAUGACGAUAAAAGGGAUGAAAAUUACAAGAAGUAUAUUGGUGUUGAUGAUGAAUAUAUGUUGCUUAUUGGAUACCAGCUUAACGAAUCAAUCGAAACCUCAAAAAAACUUUUUACAUGCACAUGUUGUGCCUUAAAUAGACCUUGGAAAUCAGCAACCGAAUAA